AUGUACUGUGUAUCCACACAUGGGUCUAUCAACACCUUAGCUAACAAGUUCCUGGAGUGUGGAAUCAAAUCGAACGGUAUCCGAUCACAGCUACGUGUCACACUGUUAGUUAAUGUAAUUCAGCCUACUACUCAUUCGGAGCCAAAAAAUAGCUAUCGGGAAGCCCAGCUGGAGGAACUUCCUGUACAAUCAGAUUACGAUGACAUUCUUGUCUCUGAAGCUGAGAAUGCCUCUAGUGUCAUCUCUGCCUCCCUCGCACAAAAACUCACCGCUGUCGAUGUUUUGACUCAUGUGCUUGUAUGUAAUCCUUACAAGCCACUAAUGCAGUUCAAAUUCCAACCUUACCCAAAUCCAACACUUGUGCGCGACGUCAUAGCAACCUUUCUUGUUACCUCUUACGAGCGAAUUAUUAUGGCAUCGUUGUCUUUCAUCGUAAUGGCUUAUGCGGCCUUGCGGCCUGGUGGAUGCCUUUCCACCUAUUACAUUUCGUAG